ACGAGGGCGGCGUGCCGGGCUCCUCCUGCCCGGCCCGGAUCUUCUUGGCGGGGCUGGCCUGCAAGUGGUCCCCGCAGAAACGGGUCACGAGCUGCAGCGGACCUCUCCCGGGAGCCCGCAGCUUCCGUCCCCAACCCAACAGCCCAGGGUAGAGGACACCCAUUCUUGGGGUUUCAGCCCCGCUCGGCAGAAUUCGUGCUCCUAUCUGCGACAAUAUGCUGGUUGGCCCAACUCCCUGUCAGGAAACGAAAUUAAUCCCCAGGGAGAGAUGAUACCGAACAACAGCUGCCAAACCACCGGGGACCCUGCACUGCUGCGGAACAAAUAACGUUACCCAGAAAUACGGCGGUGCUUGCAACGCGCCCGGAGGGCCAACAGGUGGCGCCCGGAGGCCGCCCACCGCUUUGUUUUGCAGAUUUGCCUGGAUUUUCUCCAGUUCGCGGCUGAAAUCUACCCGGAAGCAGUUCUGUAGAGGGGGACAUGGUGUUAAACUUUAAAAUGGAAGCUUAAAAACUGGAGGAAUGCCACCGUGAGACCACUUUGCAGAGUGGAUUUUGGCAUUUGGGACAGAGCCUGGGCAAUCUCUCUUUCUCUCUUGGCCUGGCCACUGGCUACCAGGUGUUUGCUUUGUGGAGACUAGAUGGACAGGUUCCUGGUGAAGGGGGCUGUCAGGGGCCUUAUGGGAAAGAGGGGGCAAGAGCAGACCGGAGGAGGCCCAGCAGGGUUGGCAGAAGAGGAGGGGACCAGCAGGAAAAAGCCCAGGAGAGCAGCCCCGGGGCAUGGCGUCCACUCGGCAGGCCUCAGCUGGAGGCACAUUGCAGCCGAGGGCCUGGACUGCGAUUACACAGUCCUGUUUGGCAAAGCCGAAGCAGAUGAGAUUUUCCAAGAGCUGGAGAAAGAAGUGGAAUAUUUUACAGGUGCGCUGGCCAGGAUCCAGGUGUUUGGGAAGUGGCACAAUGUCCCAAGGAAGCAGGCGACAUACGGUGACACUGGGCUGACCUACACCUUUUCGGGCCUUACUCUGUCUCCAAAGCCCUGGGUCCCUGUCCUAGAGCGCAUCCGGGAUCGCGUUUCUGUAGUGACUGGACAGAACUUCAACUUCGUGCUUGUCAACAGGUACAAAGACGGCCGUGACCACAUUGGUGAGCACAGAGAUGAUGAGAGAGAGCUGGCUCCCGGGAGCCCCAUCGCCUCUGUCUCCUUCGGGGCUUGCAGAGACUUCUUCUUCCGGCAUAAGGAUUCCCGGGGGAAGCACCCCUCCCGGAGGCUGGGGGUGGUCAGGCUCCAGCUGGCCCACGGAAGCUUACUUAUGAUGAACCACCCAACCAACACUCACUGGUACCACAGUCUCCCCGUCCGAAAGAAUGUUCUGGCUCCCCGGGUCAACCUGACAUUUCGGAAAAUCCUGCCUAUUACAAAGUAAAAACGUUUUUAACAGCUAGUACUUCUGUUAGUUCCUUCCUUCUCUACUCCAAGAGGGAGCUGGCAUUUCCUUUACCAACAGGGAACAUGGAAAAGGUUGAACCCAAGCGCAGGGCUUCUCACAUACAAUGCUGAACUCAGAAAGAGGAUGUUUGUAUCGAGUCGGUGAAUUAUGAAAGAAGACCAGUUGAUUUUUUUCCUAACAAAAUGAUUCUUUUAUUGCUAUAAUACACAGCAGAUACAAAAGGUACCUUUAGCAAAAACAUAAAUCAGCAGUUAUUAUGGCAUAAACUACGAGUUUAACUUCAGUUUUUGCAAAAAGAAGCGACUUUGUAAAUAACUUAAAGCUAGAAGUAAGAGUGUUUGUUUGGCUGCUACUUAACGCCUAAUGAUUUACAAAAAAUGAGAAAGUCACCUUUAAGUCAGGGGAAGAGACUUUGCACGGAGAUCAUUCACAUUUACAACUGUGGCUCAGUCCCUCCGACCAAAGAUCUGCUCACAACUGAACGCUAAAAGGAUGAGCCCCGUUCAUCUCUCUUUAAUGGCAGAUUGCAAAGCGUAAGCAGCGGCAGAGCAGCAGUUGCUCCAAGCUACAACUUUGCCAGGCAGGUUAAGGUCACGUGAUUGAGCAUUUGUUUCCCCCAGACCGCGGGUACCACGGGGACGUGCCUUUCACCGUCAAAGCCGGGGUCUGUAAGAAGUCGGGAAGGGACGUCUGCCGUGAACAGACCAGAAGCUUUGUGCGGCUCCUUUCUCCCUGAGGUGUGUGGCCUGGAGAACUUCACAGUCCGUUCUGUCAAUAGCGAGAGUUCCGAGUCCUCAGGAUGCACGCUGGGCCUGGGGGAAUGGGGAUCACCUGGGCCUCUAGCGCUUUCAGCUGACACCAAGGCCUUGUCUGGAAGUGUCUGCCAGCUGGUCCCCACCAGGGCAAGCACAGUCCUCAGCCUGACCUCAGGUGACCUUUUGGACACGUCUGAUUCCAAAUCUUAUCUCUGAAGAGUCAGUCUGCAUUUGUUUUUUGUUUUAAAUAAAAGAGCCUAGCUAAAACAUA